CCUGUGCUCGCGAGGCUGACUGGGCUUCUCUGUCAACUGUCUAAACACCGGUGUCUCACUGAAAUGCGGGUGUCAUGACGUGGGUUUGCAGCCUCCGCGCAUCCCUGCAUUGAUCGCGUGACCCAGGGAUGUCUCGUCCUGCUCCGUCCCCCAUCUACACCCUGAGGGGGGCUGGCGGCCCCCUCCACACCCUCCACUUUAGCUGCCAGGGAGGGGACACUCCCCUCCUAUUUUCUGGGUCAGGGAAGGGUGCCAUCCAUAUCUGGAAUCUGAACACCAGGAGGGCUGAGAGGAUUGUGGAAGGUCAUUCUGGUAACUCGGUCAUCUGGGUCAGCACACUGCAGGCGACAGAUACCCUCAUCAGUCAGGGACGCGACAUGCAGGUCUGUCUGUGGGAUCUGAGCGAAGGUCGCAGUAAGGUGGUGGACUCUGUGUGGACCGGCAGUGUUGGAUUCUGUCAGUGCUCCACGCUGGAGACGAGCCCUGGAAACUACCUGCUGGCCUUUGCUGGCCAACAGACAGAGGAGAUCAAGAUUAUUCAGCUUCCCAGUAAGACCCCAGUCUGCACCCUACUACCAGACGCUAAGCUGGGGAUGGUCAUGUGUAUCAAACUGUGGCAGCCAGACUCGGGGCCCGGACCUCUCCUGGUGGCUGGAUAUGAGGACGGUUCCCUGUUGCUGUGGGAUGUAACCCAGAGGUCCAGUCUGAGCCAAGCCAAAGCCCACCCUGAGCCUGUCAUGUGCCUGACCUUUGACACCCAGCGUCAGAGGGGCAUAUCGGGCUCCUCAGAGAAGAAGCUCUCCUCCUGGAUGCUGGACGGACAGAACAACCUGCAGCUCCAGGACUGUGUGACGCUGGUCAACCCUGGGGUUUCCCAGCUGUGUAUCAGGGGGGACGGUAAGCUUCUGGCGUCUGCGGGCUGGGACCAUCGGGUGCGGGUAUUCGGGUGGAAGAAGCUGCGGCCACUUGCAGUGCUUCAGUACCACACUGACAUGGUGCAAAGUGUGGCCUUCUCUGACCACCAGGACCCCAGAGAAAGACUACUGGCUGCUGGAUCCAAGGACCAGCGGAUCAGCUUGUGGUCAAUAUACAACGAGGGAGCUGCCACUGCCUGAACCCCUGAGCUCUGGGAGGAUAUAUUAACUUUUCCAUCAAAACUUUCUCGACCUUCAUCUUCACUGAUGUUGGUGUGGCCAAACUGGUGUCAGUGGGCAACAAUUCAACAGUAGUCCAGAGCAGUCUGGACAUAUGGACUGUGUAUAUUUUUUUAGCUGCUCUGUUCGCUUGAAAUUGAGGUCCUGCAUUGACGUCGCUAUCUAGCGCCAAGUGAUAUUGACAGACUGAAGCAAUGUGGAUAAAUUGCAAUGUCUUAUUCAAUGUUUUGCCAUGAAUCAGUUAUUAAAUAGGGCCUGUUUCCACCUUCUGUCCACAUGUCUCACCUGAGGUCUUCAAAGCAAGACAGUUACAGUAGUAAAAUAAGGGAAAUACAUUUAUGUGACCCACACUGCCCCUGCUCAGCUGUUUACAAUCCUAAAAAUUGUUGUAUCUGCAUACCAACUCAACGUGUCAUUUUUUCCUUAACAAAUUCAAAUACUAUGUCUCAAAUAAUGUCUACAGAUUUUUUCUAAAACAUUUAAAAUCUAAAAGUCAAGAUUUAUAAUGUUACUGCAAAGCCUAUGUGAACUGGCGUAGUGCAAGUUUUUUUUUUUGCUAAGAUUUUUUCAAUGCAUCUACACGCAGGAAGGGCUGAGAGUAGAGUUUCCUGCCCACUUGUAUGGCAGCUGUUGGAGGCUGUGAUGUCAACUGCAGGACCUCGAUAAUGAGUGUGCAGUGAAUGUGAACAUGAAGAUUACCAUGACACUGAAAGUUUAGAUCGAGGCCUUAUUUUCCCAUGACACAAUACAGUUUUUCCACUGUUUGUAAAAAUAUAUACAUCUGCAUGUAUCUGUUAAAGCUGAACAGGCAGACACAGUCUAACUUGAAGUGUGAGGCUAGUGAAAAUACGUGCUUAUUGUUCAUUUGGCGCUUGCUGACUUUUUCAGUCCACUGUUUGCUAAAGCCUUUUGUGAUGCCCUGUGCAGCACUGUGAUUGUGUUGACUUAUCUGAUGGGAGAUUUGCUCCAGUGGAUUUGAAUUUGAGGUAUACGACGCACCUGAGCAGCUAUGUAAUCUGGUGUUGUUAUUCUAGCAGGUCUUAGCUUAACGCGCAGGCCGUCCAGCCUGACCUGAGCUGUAUUUGUCAAACAAGGUUAAUCACAGCAGGGACAUGAAGAACAGAGAGCUGUUGGUUUAGUGGAGGUGCUGAUCUGCAGAUGCGCUCCCUGGUCAGCAUUAUCUGUUUAGGGCCUGAUUUUUUUUCUAAAAGAUCUUUUAAGAUCCUGAAAACUGAAGAAAUUGACAUUAUCAGGUGAAAAUGGUCAAAUAACUUAAAAGUAGAAGAAGUAAAUUGCAUCUUAAAAUAAGACUGUUGUUAACUUCUACAUUUACUUCAUGUGUAAUGCCAAAUACAGAUGUCUUUUUUUACGAAACAGACAUUUGUCAUGACCAAGGCCAAGGGUCUUGUUGUGAAAGUGCCAGAGAAAAUAGAGAGGUGUUGUUUUUCUGUCCACUGUCUCUAAUAAUAUCUCUGUGAGUCAAUGAGCAGCAUGGGAGCCCAUGUGUUACAACACCGUGCCGAGAGGCCAGGGUCAGGGCUUCAAACACUUGACGUUCUGCUUCAUAAAGACUUUGUCUCUUGGGAUGACCCCAAGUUGAGAAGCUCAUCGUGCUGUACAGGAAAGGCCCGAGAAAUCAAAGAGCCAGACUAGCAUAAUGGCCACGAAUCAUUAGGGAACAGAGGAAAGACGAGGUCAUUUGCUUGACAAGCUUCCUUGCUGUGGUGCUACUGUCAUUGAAAAAAAGUGUGUCACUGCAGGUUUGGUUGGUUGUCGUGCCUGUAUUCAAGGUUAUGUUUUGGUUGAAAAGCCUUUGUCAUGAUUAUAGAAAUACAUGGAAUGAGAGCCGUUUUUUGAUUGUUCCUGGCAGAGCUCCAUCUAUACCUUUUGUCCAUGACCCCGCUGGUGACAUCUUGCACUCAUAACGGCUUCCUAACUCUCCUGUUGGCUUUGAACAAACACCAGAGGUGGUGUGGGCCAGCUUCCGUCCGUUCUCUGAUAAAUCAAAUGCCGCGUCCAUUGGUGCAGAUGUCUGCUGAAUGGAGCAGACAGCAACCCGCUGGCCUCAGAAGAGCCUGGUGGGGUGGCGGUGGACCUCGUAAAUCACUUCAUAAUGGAUCAUUUAGGAAGUCAAUAAAUGGACAGGGAGUCCGUCUGCACAAUAGGCCCUGUGCUUCACUUAUCACCUAACGUGUGUCUUCCGUGGCCUCGAAGGUCAGAGGUCAGCCCGGCUUUGGGACAGGACAUAAUCCAGUGGGUUGUGUGUGUGGUUGAUGCUGUCACUUCCUGAGCCUUUGGCUGAAUUUGAAAACAUUUAUGGUGAAAAAGAACGAUUUGAAGAAAAUAAUCCCCUCUCUAUAAGCCAAAACCAACGUUUGUCCUCACGGUGAGGUUGGUUUUAUUUAUUUUUCAAAUGUGACUUAAUACAAAUGUAUCAAGGCUCUUGCCUAGUGGUGAUGAUGUGUUUUGAUGUUCUGCAUAAAAUGUCCGUCAGCAACCUCAUGCACACCAUAAACCGUAGCACCUUUUGUAUUAGUUGAGAGGCCAUAGGGGGCAAAAUGUGAAACAUGUGUUCCGUUGUUUAGGUGGAGGACUCUGGUUGGUUUACCUGGCUUGUUUUUUAAAAACUGUCCCCAGAUCCGGCAGACAAGCGAGGCUCAGCAGCAGAAAUGUACACAGAGGCGAUGGGAACGAAUCGAGACCCUGAUAGGCCUGUCACAACAGAUGUUCCAGAUGCAGCUGAGUGUCAAAUGAUGCCUCUGGUCGCAUUAUCAUCCAUCCUCUACCUCUUCAUACUUCAAUGGCAAGUCCUUGGCACCGUGUCUCCCGGAGCCUGAAACAUCUGGGCACAAGAAAUACUCCACAAUGUAACUGGGCCUAAACAGGUUUCUCUCUUCCACUGUGUGAAAUGAAGGACACAUUGAAAUAUUGUGCUUGAAAAUGGCAGAGGCUCGUUGAAAACAUGCUGGAGCCUAUUUGAUGUGAAGAAAUGUAGUGUGGAAUACAGGCACCAUACUGACUACAUAAAUUUGUAUUAGGCUGCAAUUCAUAACAAGUGUAAUUCAUAAUAAUACCUCCAGUAGGCGCAAUUUCCUCCUGCCACUUUGAAAAAAGGGUCACUUAUUUAAUUUGCAAGGAUUUAAAAUGUCUUAUCUCAAACGAUUAAACAAUAUCUUUUUAUCUUAAUUCAGUUAAACUGAGUUUCAAUAAGGGGCUAAAGGCCAAUAAUAGAAAAAAAACAUCCUGUGUUCCUUAUUUGUAUGGACUCAUACAGGUCUCUUCAGGCAGGGCUAGAAAAUGAGGCCAGGCUUCAACGUCAGGUCUCCCCAGACUGAUGCACACAACACCAGGGACACCAUUUAUUUGGAGUGCAAUAUAUAAAGAACAUUUUAAUUGCUGGACAUGCUUUAGUGCAAAGUUGGAAAACUGUUAAUAGUGCAGGUGGGGAGCCAAAAGGAGAAGGAUGCUUUAUGCACUACAGGAAAAUAUUGUGAUUUAGUUUGUUUACAGAUUAAGAAUUUGCAUGCAAGAUACUUAUAAGAUUUAAUGCAUUGUGAUAGAUUAAACUACCCAACAGUAAACUAUAAAGUAGUCCAAAUUAGGUCCACCAUGACAAACUAUAGCAAUAAAAUGCUGCCUAAUGUGAUAAUAAUCCAAUAAUGUAGGCUAAUAAAUGGCAGAAUAACACCCAGGUGCCAUUUUUCUGAGUUAGUGUGAUUUUUACGGUUGACACAUUAAGUGCAUUUUGCUAAAUAAUAUUUCACUUAAGUUGCAUUUUCAUUGCAGAGCUUUUACUUUUGAUUGAGCAUGUUUUAUAGCAGUAUUGCUAUUUUUAUGAAAGGAUCAGAUCAACCCUGCU